AUGCCGAAGAAGUAUGUAUAUACAAAAAGAGGGAAGACACAAAACUAUAGAGAGUGGGACCUUGAAAAAGCAGUGAAAGCUGUUCAAGAUAACAGCAUGUCUAUACGGAAAGCAUCUACCAUGUAUGGCGUUUCAAAAAGCACCAUAGGUGACCGCAUAAGCGGUAAACAUGAGUUACAUGUUCCUAACGGCCGCCCUCCGCAUAUUCCGAGAGAUGUAGAAAGAAAAAUUGUUGAUGCGGUAAAAAUGGCUGCAAGGAGAGGAAUUGGAUUAACCAGGAAGCAGGUUCUUGCUAGAACAAACGUUCUUUGCAGAAGAAUGAAGAUUGGAUCGGGAUACACCAACUUUACAGCAGGAAAGGACUGGUGGGAAGGAGUGAAGCGCAGGCAUCCGGAUGUAGUCAUCAGAAAACCAGAAAAGCUGACAAGUACACGCGCACGUAUGAUGAAUAGAGAAGUAAUUAACAGUUAUUUUAAUGACUUAGGUACAAUUGUUGAAGGUCUCAAUCUUGAAGGGAAUCCAAGGGUAAUAUGGAACUGUGAUGAGAUGGGAAAGAAUUUCGAACAUGAUCCUGUGCGCGUUGUUGCUGAGAAGGGAGAGAAAAACUGUUUGAGCAGAACGAGUUCAAAAUCAACAAACAUCACAGUUAUGACAUGCGUAAACGCUUCUGGGAGACGAAUGCCACCCAUGUUUGUUGUGAAGGGAAAAACUUCAAGAUCCCUUUAUGGAUUCAAUACUUCCGCUGCCCCAAUUGGUACACGUUGGGCUUGGCAAAAGAAUGGAUGGAUGGACGAUAACCUAGGAGAACGUUGGUUCAAUGAAGUAUUUUUAGAGUUUUGUGGUUCCGAGAGGCCCCAACUUCUCAUUUUGGACGGUCAUUCAUCUCAUGAAACUCUUGGGAUCCUUAUGAGAGCUAUGGAAGAGAAUAUUCAUAUUUUGGCUCUUCCUCCGCAUACAACCCAUGCCCUUUAG